AUGGUGGUAUCCGAAGGAGCGAUCAACAACAUUAUGGGCGGAAUGGAGAACACGGCCGGGGUGCGCCUCCAUUCCCACCGACACAAACUCAAACAGCGGUUCGACAUAAUUCGCAAACUGGGCCAGGGCACUUACGGCAAAGUGCAACUCGCGGUCAACAAGGAGACAGGGCAAGAGGUUGCCAUCAAAACCAUCAAGAAAGCCAAGAUCGAAACAGAGCAGGACCUCAUACGAAUCCGGAGAGAGAUCCAGAUUAUGUCAUCCGUACAGCAUCCACAGAUCAUCCAUAUAUACGAAGGUGAAAUGAACGGAGAGGAGGUCGUUUCUGGCGAGAGUUUCAUUGUGCAAAUUCCAAUGUUUGAAAACCGCGAGAAGAUGGUGCUGGUGAUGGAAUAUGCGGCGGGAGGAGAACUUUACGACUACCUGAGCGAGCGGAAGGUCCUGUCAGAGGACGAGGCGCGAAGGGUCUUCCGCCACGUCGCAUCAGCCACGUACUAUUGCCAUAAGCAUAAAAUUUGCCAUCGUGAUCUCAAGUUGGAAAAUAUUCUACUCGAUCUUGACGGGAAUGCGAAGAUUGCUGACUUUGGUCUAUCAAACGUCUUUGAUGAGAAGCAUCGAUUGGAUACAUUUUGUGGCUCGCCGCUGUAUGCCUCGCCAGAGAUCGUAAAGGGCAUCCCGUAUACUGGUCCUGAAGUUGAUUGCUGGUCACUGGGAGUUUUACUGUAUACAUUAGUUUAUGGUGCGAUGCCCUUCGAUGGCUCCAACUUCAAACGUCUGGUAAAACAGAUCACACAAGGAGAUUAUUAUGAGCCAAAGAAACCUUCAAGCGCGUCCGACCUCAUCAGAAGCAUGCUCACAGUCUCUGCCAGCAAACGAGCAAGCAUAGAGGACAUCUGCAGCCACUGGUGGGUCAACGAAGGUUACCUCGAGUCGUGCCUUGACGUUGCUGAAGCCCUUGCCAACCAGACCCCCGUGCGCCUGGACCUGCUGCUGUCCCUGGCCCCCAAGCACAUCAACUCAGAACACAUGCUGAUCCAGCCCGAGGAAGAAGACAGUGCCAGAUCCCCGCCUACCUCAGAAGCAACGCGUCCACCUCCCCAGCUUCAGUUACCUCCUCCUCCUCCACCCGACCCAACUCCUGUAGCAGCAACCCGCUCAGCUUCUCUCGCUGAUGAAUCUGGUACUAUAGACAAGAAAAAGAAAAGAGAAUCUGGUGUUGAAGGAACUCCUAAAUCUAGUCGCAAAGAGCGGAAAACAGAUGUCAAUUCACAUGAGGUGGGAAGUGUUCGCAAGCCACCGGCUGGGCCGGAUGGCGACACAAGUGAGCGGAAAAAGAGUGUUAAGAAGCGAGACCCAGCUAUGGAGGGUGACACAUCUGAAAAAAGUGAACGUUCAGAGCGUAAGAAAAGUGUUAAGAAGCGUGAACCUAUUGUUGAUGGUGAUGCUAGUGAUUUAAGUGAGAAGUCUGAAAGAAGAAAGAGUGUGAAGAAGCGGGAAACUUCAGCAGAAAAAGAUACUAGUGAGAGUGACAGGUUAGAAAGAAAGAAGAGUGUUAAAAAGAGAGAACCAUCAGUAACUAGAGAAUCCAGUGAGGAUAAAUCAGAAAAAAGAAAAAGUGUGAAAAAGAAAGAGCCUUUAAAAGAAAAGAGUUCUAGCAAGACAGGUAGUGAAAGUGUAACAGAACCCUCAGCUGUGAUAAAUGGGGAGAAGUAUGAAGCGGGUAAAUCAAAGGACACACAGAUAGAGUCUCUAGAGGACCAAUCAUUGAGUCUGAGUUUAAAGCCACCACUGCCUAAGGACCAAGUAAUAGAGAAGGGGAAGCCCUCUACCAAAGAUGUAGCAUUGCCGAAAAGUAGCAGUAGAGGUGAAAAGGAGGAUGUGGUUACAGAGCAGCCAGAGCCCAUGGAAGUAGAGUCAGCCACUCCUACACUGUCUAGAAUCUGUCAGUCCAAUGAAGUGUGA